GAUAGUGAAGGCUUUAUGGAGUCACGACUUCUAAACCGGGACAAACCGACGGAUACCUCGUCCUGCUGGAAUAAGAACCGUGUCGGUGUAGCAAGAUAUCGAAAUGAGAUGGUGAAUGGAGGAAAUAAGGAGUAUCAAUCAUCCACAAUCCAAAAGGGAAAGCAAGGCACUAAAGGCCAGAAGCAAAUUUUGAAGGAGAACACUGACACCCUGAAUUUCUAUCGGAACAUGAUCUUAGGUACAGCUGGCAUAUAUUUUGGUGUGGGAAUGAUCUGCUUCAACAGCUUCCCAGCACUGGACCUGACAUUGUUGUUCUUUGCGGGAGUUGUGUUCACCUGUUGUUACCGCUUCAUGGCCAGCAUGGCUCAGCCUAAGCUGGCUGCUGAUGGCUCUAUUCUGGAUGAAGGAUGUGACUUGAACAUUGAAGGAGGAAUAGCUGAACACGUUAAGGACUUGGUGAUUCUGACCUCUGGUACUGUUGUCCUGGGCACUAUCUCGACUUACUUCUGGCUUUUAUGGCUUCUGGCUCCAUGCCGGGGAGCACAGAUGCUUUGGAGCAAUAUUUUGGGCCCGUGGUUCUUCCAGGAAGCUCCUGAGGAGUCGGAGCAACGGGUAGCUGACAAGAAACAGCGCAAAAUGGAACGGAGACUGAAGUACCGCUAGUACCCUAGUUGUACCUUAUAUACUAGCAGUGGACACUUCUCAAUUUCUUGGUAGAUUCAAAUUUUGUUGUGAAUAAGAUAAUGUUUACUAGUUUAUGGUGUUAUUCAUUCUGCUUUGAUAGUGUUGUUAUUCUUAGGUAUGAUAUCGGAGAAAUUACUUUGAAAUUAGUGUGCAAUUCAUGGCAGUCAUAAUGCAUUUUGGAUGUGGAAUUAGUGCACUAUUAUAGGUCCAAACAAUUAUUUAUCAUUUUUUGGGGGUUACAGUGAUGAAUAUGGUGCACUGUUAUAGAUCCAAAAGUAUUUAUCUUUUAUUGUUAUUCUAGUGGUUACCAUGAUAAUAGUGAACUAUUAUAAGUUAAGAAGUAUUUAUCAUUUACAUUUUUCUAAGGGCUACCAUGAUAAAAAAAUAUAUUAUUAUUGGUUCAAAAGUAUUUCUCAGUACAUAUAUUCCUUAACAGAUGCUUUCUAAAAAUGGCAAAUUAUUGCCUUCCGAUUUUCUUCAUGUGUAGGGAAGAUGAAUUAACCUAUGUACUGUUCAACAUGAGGAUCUGUGGCAAUGUGGGGGCACUAGAGGUUAUUCCGGGGAUCAACGCCCCCACGGCCCGGUCCACGACCAGGCCUAUUUAGACAAAAAAAGUUGACCAUGGGCUUAAUUUAAGCAGUUCUGUCAUGUAAUUUGUAUUGGAUGAAUAUCUUUAGGACUUGUGCAGCAAAUGGGCUAACACUGCUUUACACUGGACUGUGAAGGCUACAAUAAGAUUGGUAAUUGUAUCCCAAGUAAUUGCAUUACCACCAUACCAUUUUCCACUGCAGUGACUAUACAGUUGUGGUAAGAGCAUAAAUUAAUAUUUUAAGAACAUAAAAACGAUGAAAAUUAGAUACAGUGGACCCUCGGUUAUCAGCCGUAACCUGUUCCAGAAAGUCAGCCUAAAUCCGUAAAGGCUGAAAACCAAAAUAAUAUUUCGCAUGAGAAAUAAUGUAAAUCUAAUUAAUCUGUUUCAGACACCCAAAAGUAUUAACAAAAAAUGUUUUAUAUAGAAUAUAGUUUUUUUUUUUUUUUUUUUUUUUUUAUCACACUGGCCGAUUCCCACCAAGGCAGGGUGGCCCG